AUGAAAAGCUCUUCGCAGCUGUCGGACCGACCCGGUGUGGAAUCCACUCCGACCUUUAACCCGAACGCUGUCGCUCCAGCAUUCGCUCGUCCAGCUUCGUCCUCCAACGCGUACGCAUCUACAUCACAACCCGUACUGCAAGCAAGUGCACCUUCUCAGCCCUCCCGUUACAUCCCCGCAUUGGGAGAUGCAUUUUACAUGAACGAGCUACCCACGACCGAUCCACUCUCCACUUUGCUGCAGAAACAUCUUCCACCGCACGUUCGACCUCUACGAGAUCUAUCUGGAGCAUGGCAUGCCUCCGCCUCAACCACAGACGAAAUCCCCGACCCCUUCACCACCAGCGACGCAGCUUCACCGAUCACCGCGGAAACAGUUCGACAAGCAACAGCUUCGAACUCAUGGAGGAAGAUCGCUUCACUAGCACGCGAACGUAUCGAAGAAUACGGUAGACAAACCAAGUUCUCUCAACAAACACAGUUGAUCGAGCAAGAGCGGGAGGAAACAAUGCGAUUGGAGGAGGUGCUGGAAUGGUGGACGGCGAGGGUGUAUUCGUUGGCGAGGUUGAGGUUGUAUUCGAUGUUGAGGAGCGAACUGGAUGGGCUGUGGAGUAUACUGGAGAGAGAGGAGGUGCUAGGGAUGGAAGGAGCGGUGCCGUUUACGUUGAGGGUGGUGAGGGCGAUGGAGCCAAAGUGGAGAGGAGAUGUGAAGAGCACUCUUGAACAGUACACGGUUCUGAUUCGGUCGUGUAAGGAUCAGAUUCGGAAGUCAAAGGGGCAGCAGGAUGAGGUCAGGGUGUGGAAGACGAGAGCAGUGCGAUUGGGAUUGAUGUUGUCGUUCGCCUUGGCAGAGGUGAAGGAUUUCUCGGGGGCGAUCGAGGUACUCCACCCACUGAUCGAAACCUCGCUCAAAUCAAGAGCAAACGAGACCGAGGCGGAGGUAUCGGACAGACUUCACCUGGUCAUCGUGGCUUCGCGCAUCUACAUCCAAGCCGGCGACCUCUCCUUCGCCACCUCCCUCCUUGACCGCAUCUCCCCCCUCCUUCCCCCCUCCUCUCCACUCCACCAACUCAUCACGCAAACGCACUCGAUCAUCUCCACCAUCUCCUCCUCCCCCUCCCCUCCCGACCCCGAACCCGACUCCACCUCCCCUACAUCGCACCUCAACCAAGCCAUCUCCACCUUCUACUCGGCUCACCUCGACCUCGCCAUCUCCCAACUCGAAUCCGUCCUCCACACGCACCCCGCGCUGGCAGCAACGGCAGAUGCACUCGUGUUCAACCUGGCUACGCUGUACGAGCUCGACAAGGGAGGAGACGCACGCGUGCUCGAGAGGAAGAGAGGGUUGUUGCGGCAUGUCGCGAGAUGGGCGGGUGAACCGGGUGUGGGCGGAUCGUGUUUCAAGCUGUGA